AUGCCAAAUCGUCCAAGAACUAAUGCUUAUCAACAACACCCCACAAACACCAUCACCACCGCCACCACCACCAACCGGCCUCCGGUGCCUCCCGAAGCCGGAGCGACCAAGGUGGUACGCCUGACCAAGAUGCUCUCGCCGGACAAUCGCCUCGAGGACGACGACGAGUUCGAAGACCUGGUGGAGGAUGUCAUAGAAGAAGCGCGCACAUUCGGUAACCUUGUGAAGGUCGUGAUCCCACGGCCCAGCCCCGGCAGUAAUCCGGCGGUUGCUGGAGUCGGGAAGGCAUUUCUGGAGUACGCGUGCCUCGACAGCUCCUCCCAUUGCAGGAGGAGUAUGGAUCGCAGGUGGUUUGCUGGGAGGCGAAUUGCUGCUGGGUUCUACCCUGAAGAGUGA